AUGUCCAAACGCCAGCAGCAGCAACCCGCCUACGAGUCCGAAGACGACUACUCGGACGACCAGUACGAGCCCGAGCCCGAGCCGGAACAGCAGCCGCCUGCCCGCCGGCGCCGUCCUCAGCGCCAGGCACAGCAAUCUCAGCAAGGCGGCCAACAACAGCAGCGGCAGCAGGGCGGCGGCGGACCCCUCGACGGGACGCUCGACAACCUGGCCCUCGGCAACGUCGGCCAGACGGCCCAGGGCGUCGUCGGCGGCGUCACCAACACGCUGGGCGGCGUGGCGGGCGGCGCCCUCCAGCAGCAGGGCGGCGGCGAAGGCAAAAAGGGCAGCGACACGCUGCGGCUGCGGCUGGACCUGAAUCUGGACAUUGAAAUUACCCUCAAGGCCAAGAUCCACGGUGAUCUCGAGCUGGCUCUCUUGGAGACAUAA